AUGCCGAUAGAAGUAUUAGCUGAGGAACGAGGAUCUCUGUAUCGGCAAAAAGGAUCGACCUCACUGAGCCCAACCGAGCUCAAAGCAGAAGCGAGGCGUAAGAGUAUGGAGAGAUGGCAGUCACAGUGGGGCACCUCACUGAAAGGGCGAUGGACGUAUCGCCUGAUACGUCCAUCGCCCCCUGAUCCCUCAGGUACUGAAGAAGACGCAGUGCUUGUGUUUUUCGUAUGUUCACGUUUCAGAAAGAGCCGCUCGGAGUGGAAGUCUGCACUUGGUGAAACGAUCCUGCCUGAGAGCCUGGUGGAAGCAAUGCUAUCAUCGAAGGCAGCCUGGAACGCAACAAGCGACUUCGCGGCGAAAGUCAUGAAACAGCUCCGUGAGGUAGAGCGCCGUCGAAAGAACGCUGUAUAG